AUGAUGGAAAUGGAAAUGAACGCUGAGUUGGACGGUGAUGACGGAAGCGAAAGUAGUCAGCCGUCCUCAGAGGGCAGCUCAGCAAGCAGCACAUUUUGCACCCUGGAGAAGGAUUACGCAAGGAUAACCAACGAAAUGAAAACUAACGAGGCGUUAGCUGCUUAUGAAUCCGAGUAUGCAAGACUCUACGAGUCUUUGUACCAAGCGCAUAGAAAUGAAAAGGAACUGUCGGAGCAGUGCACAUCGCUGAAGGAUGAAAUCAUCAAUAACACGUACAAGAUGUACGAAUUGAAGAAGAUGGUGGAGGCCCACGAGGGUGAAAUAGCCAGAUUGAAACGAGAGGUCGUGAAUACGACGAAACUGGCUGACGCGGCGCAUGCACGCGAGCAAAACGCACAGGAAGUCAUUGAGAAUUUGCAACUAAACAUCGUCAAACUAGGCCAGGAAAUUGAGCAGAAAAACAAGCAGCUGUCUGUCGAGAAAGACAUUGCCGUUAGCAAGCAGAAGGAGGUUCUAUUAAAAGAGAGGGAGCGACUUUUGGAUGAGAUGGAAACCAUGCGACAGCGUCUAAAGAAUAUGUCCCCUUACAUAGAGGAGCUCGAGAAAAAAAGUAGUGAGGUCGAUCAGCGUAUGAUCGAAAUGCAGGAAACCCUCGAUAUGCAAUUGAACGAAAUUUCGCGAGAGAAACGCGGCAGAGAGAGAACCGAAAUGGAGGUGCAGCAACUUCAAAAGGACAUAACCAUAAAGAAGGACGAACUUGAGACCGCGAAUGCGUCUAUCGAAGCUAGUGCGAAUAAUGUGCUGCGGCUCGAGAACCUGGUCAAAGAACAUAAAACAGCGGGAGAGAGAAUGCAGAAGGAGAUCGGCAAGCUUAUGCUAAAGAGAAUGAAUCUCCAAACGGAUCUCGAUAAUGCGAAUGUUGAGAUGGAGAAACUGGAGAAAGAGCUCACCGACAAAGAAAAACAGUUGAAGAGUAUUAAAUACGAUCUUAACAAAACACAGGAGGAGAACGCUAAGUGCAAGCUCGAAAAGGACAUCAUGGAGAAGCGACUGCUGAAAGUUGAGAUCGAACGAUCCAAGUUUGAACAGGAUUUACGACAAGCAGUAAUCGAUAUAAAAAACGUAGAACACAAAACAGUUACUUGCCGCAAGGAGUUUAUGGAUGAGCGGCAACACGUCGAGGUAUUAUUGCGCGAGAAAAAUAUCCUCGCGCGCAAUAAGGAGGCCGCUCAGGAGAGAAUGAAGCGAAUAAAUCGCGAGUUACUGUUGAGUGAACAUGCAAAGCGAAAGAUUGAACGUGAGCUGGACAUAUUGACGCAGAGCUCCCACGAAGUGAAGAAACAAUUGGAGCUGGUGGAGAGAGAGAGGGACAAAUGCAAUUUGACGGUGCAAGAAUUAGAGCGACAGAUAGAGGGUCGCAUAAGCGAAGUCAGGCUGAAACAGACCGAGAUUUCCGAUUAUAAGAAAAGUUUGGCGGAGGCCGAGAUAAAGUAUCGUCAACAGCAAAGCUUACUAGAAGUCAUCCGUGCGGAACGAAAUCUGUACAGCAAAAACCUAGUAGAGGUACAGGAAGAAGUAAAAGAUUUGCGGAGAAAUCUGAAGAUAACGAGCCAGCAGGUCGAACAGCUAAAGGAAGAUAUAGCCACGAAAGAGUCCAACCUUGUUAAGCAAGAAUUCCUGCUAGGGAGAGUAGAAAAGGAGAAGGAGGACCUCAAGGUCGAUCUACGAUCCUGCCGUAUGGAGUUGUCGGCCUUGCGACACGAAAUCGAAAAGAUGAAGCAUGACGAGAAGCAUCUAAGGUGGGAGGUUCAACAGGCGAACGUAAUGAUUGGACGCCGCCAAAAGGACAUAGACAAUGUGAUGAAUGAACGUGAUAUACUCGGUACACAAUUAGUUCGCAGGAAUGAUGAGCUAAGUCUUCAAUACAGCAGAAUCAAGGUCCUAAAUACCACUCUUCAAUGCGGCGAAACGCAGUACAAUAAAAAAUUGCAAGAUAUCAGAUUGCUCAAGUGCGAAGUGAAGAGAUUAAGGACGGAAAAAGUCCUUCUUACUAAAAAUAUCGCCAAUGUCAGUGAUCUGCGACAAGAAAUUUUUCAUCUUAAUCGCGACCUGGCGAAGGAAAGAAUCAAAGUCACUGCGCUUGAGGAAGAAGUUCAAACCCCGUUAAAUAUACACAGAUGGCGAAAGCUUGAGGGCACGGAUCCCGCCACUUUUGAGCUCAUUAAGAAGGUACAAAUUUUACAAAAGCGCAUCUUAAAAAUGUCCGACGACAUAAUUGAUAAGGAAAGGAAAAUAAAGGACACCGAAAAAUUAUACAUGAACCUUCGCGAUGUCUUGUCGAAGCAACGAGAACCAUGGACGGCAGCGAGCUUGGAUGAAGUUCGAAAUGCCUUGCGUAAAAGAGGAGAAAAACUGAAAUGUCUCGUCGCCGAAUUAAACAUGUACGAAACACAAGUGGGGGAGUACAAAGGCGACAUGACGAAAAUGGUUAAUGAAAUGUGUGAAUUAAAAAAGAAGUAUCACACUCAAAAAAAGAAAUUGCAAAAGAUGAAAGAGACUACCGCGAAAUCCUCCUACGAACCCAUUCUCCCGGGAAUAUUGGUAUCCAAUGUGAAAUUUUGCGGGGGUGGCUUCAGUAUGACGACGCCUACACGGAGAAAUUGCUUUCUAGAGUUAGCAAAGAAAUAAA